UAUUCGAAGUCUUGCAUUUAUGCUCAUUCAAAAUGGCAGCUUCCAUAGACUUGAAUGUUGCAAAGAAAAAUUUACAGGACUGUUUAGGCGAUAAAAUGAAACUGUAUUUACAGAACUUAAAAUCUUGGUUCAAACAAAAGAUUACUAAGGAAGAAUUUGACAUUGAAGCCAGAAAACUUAUACCAGAAAGUUCAGUUAAUCUACACAAUGAAUUCCUUUUGGCAAUCAUAUCCAGAUGUCAGACACUUAGCUCUUCAUUGGUGCCCAGAGAAAACAGUAUUACUGGCAAGUCAUCCGAACUCUCCAAGAACUCAAAGCCAGGAGAACUGGCUAAACAUGUCAAGUCUAAACUGAACAAACUCAGGAGGAAAUCACAAGCAUCCAAAGGACCCCAGAGGUUCCUAGUAGCCAAUCCACUAAGUAAAUUCCCAUUAGCCUCAUUAAAAGGAGCAGAGGAUGCAGAGUUUGCGUCCCGUGACAUGGUACUGCCGGACAUUACGAUGGUCCACGGGAGAAUGCUGGUGUGUGCCUGGGAGGUGGGUCUGGAGGAGGUGACAGACUCAUCUGUCAAACUGGUCAUGCAGACCGUUGAGAAUGUUUUAAAGAAUUUGCUGAGCCUUAUAUUGUCACAAAGAAAUGGAUACAAACUCCGUGAAAAGAAAAUGAGAUUUGCAAUGGGGUCAUCUACCAAGAAUCCUUACCAAAGACAAUCGUACAUCAAACAUGACAGCAGAACUGAAAGUGAAGCAACAACCAUAACUAGCAAUGGGUCACAUGUACCCUGCCUGAAGCACACUACUGAACUAGGGGAAGAGGAGGGUGUGUACCAGCUGGCCUUGUCUCAACCCGUCCCCCCCAAUCCACCAGUCUCCAUGUUUGACCUGUUUCAUGCCUUACAAAGCCAUCCUAGUGUCCUCCCCUCCCACCCUGUAUACGAGGCUGCUGUUCAGAGGGCCAUCCAUCAGCUGUUUCAUCCCUCCCACGAAAACAUCGACCAGGAAAUGAUUCACCUCCAGGAGCAGCAGCUGACCCACAGACUGGCCACCUCAAACAGAUAGCAGUGACCAAACCUUAGGGAUGGGGGGUCACAGCAUGUCCAGUGCAGUGACAUAACCUUAGGGAUGGGGGGUCACAGCAUGUCCAGUGCAGUGACAUAACCUUAGGGAUGGGGGGGUCACAGCAUGUCCAGUGAAGAGCUUAGAAAUUGCCAUUAUUUGAUGAACAUAUUUUUACGACUGUAAUGAUAUUUGCAAACUGAAAACAAUGUUAUUUGUUAUUGAAUAUCUUGUUAUGAUCUGAUUACAUGUCCAUCUGACUUUCAUCAUGUUCUUUAUGCAUAUUGUCUUGUUUCAUAUACGUUGUUACUGUGAGAGGUUAUGAGUUUUUGAAUGCAGAGCUUUGUCAAUUCAGGAAGGCACCAGAUCUCAUUGAAAGGUUGAAGGUGCCAUUUUGUUUUUCACAAAGAGAAAUCAUUUGUACAUGUACCUUUUUGUUCAUAAGUGAGAAAUUUGAUAGUUUUAUACACAAUGUCUUGAAGAGUAGAGUAGUAGAGCAAAAGUAUGCAAUAAAUAAUCAAAUAAUA